CUUUAGAACAGGUUAGUAAACAUGAAGUUAGUAUUGUUAACGUAACCUAAAUCGUAAUCGAGUGAUAUAAAAUUAUUACAAAUAAAUAUUAAAAACAAUGUUGAAAAAUAUUGUUCCUGUUAAAACGAUAUGUUCGACGUUUCCACCGUGGAAAAAUGGAAUACGAUCGUUUUUUAAUAUAAGAAAAAUAAAACGUGCGUUUAAACGUUAUUUUGAUCAGUCAGGAACUAAACCUCCUUAUUUUCAUAUUACGCAAGUUGGUGAUCCUGUUUUGCGGGCGCCAACUUUGCCGAUAAAUCUCGAAGUUAUUCAAUUGUUUCAAUUUCAAAUGGCCAUAAAACAAAUGAAAGUAAUUAUGGAAAAUUAUGAUAUUGUUGGAUUAUCUGCUUGUCAAAUUGGUUUACCAUGGAAAGUUUUUAUGAUACAAGUUACAGAAAAACAUUUAAAAGAAAUCGGUGAAAACUUGGUAAAAAUUCGUGAAAUGGAAGUGAUACCGUUCCAAGUAUUUAUUAAUCCUACCAUUCGUACUAUAAAUCAUAAAUUAGUUUCAUUUCCUGAAGUAUGUGCUAGUGUUCGAGGUUACUCAGCAGAAGUAUCUAGAGCAAGAGAAGUUGAACUUAAGGCUAUAAAUGAUUCUUCCGAAGAAGUUACAGUCAGAUUCAAAGGAUGGGGAGCUAGAAUCGUUCAACAUGAAAUGGACCAUUUGAACGGAAUAUUAUUCACGGAUAAAAUGGAUAGACGAACGUUUUCUUGUUGUUGUUGGAAUGAAGUGAACAAGCAUAAAGGAUUCAUUGAGAUAAGAUUCGAUUCGUAAAAUUCAUAUGAAAGAUUUUGAAGAAAAUAUAUAGACAAAUAUAUAUAUGAUACAAUUAAUAGCAGAAUACACGACGUUAUAUGUAUAUAAGAUAACAAUGCGUAUACAUCUAUAUUCUGCAUUGCUUUUUCAUUGGACACAUGUAUCGUACCAAUGCUUUUCUGAUAUUAUCUUUUUUCUUUUUUCUCUUUUUCAUCUUUUUCUUCUUUUUAUCUAUGUAUUUACUAGAAUCCCAGAUUUUAGGAGAGAGAAAGAGAGAGAGAGAGAGAGAGAGAGAGAGAUAGGGAGAGAGAGAGAAAGAGAGAAGUGAUUAUCAAAUCUAUGACUUAUUAAUCUUACAUAGAGUUUCACACAUUUUUUUGUCGAUUAUUCUCUCACGAGAUCUCAUAUUUCAUUAUAACAUCAGAAAUGCAUACAUUGUGUAAUGUAAUUUUACAUACUGAUAGUAUUUAUUUGAAAGGUAUCGUUCAUUCGAUAAAUUUGAUAUAUGAAAUUAAUGAUCUUCCUUCCUUCAUUUGUUUUUUCAUCUUCUUUAGGAUAAUUGUACAACAGGUAGAAAGAU